ACGGUACUACCGAUGGAAGUUGCCCAAACGGAAACAAAUAUUAGGAUGCAAAAAGUGAAAUCGGGAUUAAGUGAUUUGCGGCAAAAUCUGGAAAAUGCCGUCAAAGAAAUGGAAUCUACAACAGAAAGAAAGGAAAACAAAUUCAUGGAUGAUAUUCUUCAACUGAAUACAAGCAUUGCAUUACUGAAGAGUCAACUAGAGGCGAAAAUAUUUACAAUUCAGCAAAAUGUCAACACUAUCGAUUCCAAACUAGCUGAUGCUAUAGAAACCGCCCGAGUAAUAAAAGAGAAGCAAAGAGCUCAAGCAUCAGAAGUUGGAUGGUAUAUUGCAGCAAACAAUAAGAUGUACAGGCUCCUGUACACUCAAGUACAAUAUCAAGACGCGGUAAAGAAAUGUGAGAGCUUGGGUGCCAUAACCGCAUCUGCGGGAUUGAGAGAUGCAGGAAUACGAAAUGAAAUAACAUUAAAAUUAUUACAAGGAAGCAACAAUCACGUGUGGGCAGGCUUGACAGACAUUGCAAAGGAAGGCCACUGGGUAUGGGCCGAUGGAACGCCAUCAACUCGUUCUAAUACCAAUUGGAUAGGCAGGGAACCAAACAACUAUCAUGGCGUGGAGGAUUGUGCGGCGAUGGAUAGAGCGCGGGGGUGGCAAAUUAAUGACGUUCCAUGUUACCAUCGAUGGUACGUGCUUUGCGAAAAAGCGAGGUUAUAAAAUUGGAUAUAUAUUGGAGAUCAUUUAGUUCAGGCGUGCCACACUCCGCGCGUUGUAAGAC